UAUUUUUUUCCAUUUUCUCCAUAUUUUUUCAUGAAAAAAAUGGCUAAUCAUUUUUUUCUGUAAUAAGUUUACCGCUUUUUAUGGAAAAUUCAGAGAAUAACGAAAAAGAUAAUCGCGGUAAUAAUCGACGAUUUUGUGCUCGGAAUUAAAAAAACACAAUUGAAUUGUUCAUUCAAUAAUUUUGAAAGAACAUUUGAAAAUGAAAAUUUUGACCCCUCGUCCAUUAGAUUUACUUUUGAUUGUUUAACGGGUCGUAAAGCGUAAGCACAAAAGAUAAUAAAUUUUUCCAAAAUUUCGAAGUAAAAAUGUCAAAAAUAUCGAUUGAUAAGCCCUAUGCCAUGAAUAAAAAAUGCAUAACUCCCGUCUUUUUGCCCUGCGGGCAGUCGGGAGUUGAAAAAAAUGAAAAAAAAGAUCAGUAAAAUAAAAAAUCGAAGUGAGGUACAUAGCGACUGGUUUGCGUGGAUGCCCUCCUAUAUACACACAUUUUCUAAAACUUUUUUGACUGAACAAGUUUUAUUACAUCUGAUGGUCUCCGUCGGAGCCGAUUUCCCCUCUAAAACUUACAAAACAUAUUUAAUCGUACCAUUCCUUUAUCUUCAAAUGUUAAAACUUAUUUACAUAUAUACGUCGUAUCUGCAUGUAUAUACGGUAUAUACUAUCCACGUAACAGUUUUUAUUUGAUUCCAUUUUCUGUAUUAUAAGCGACCCAACUGGUAACUGGUCUUCAGUCGGUCUCCUGUAAUGCGAGAAAGCAUGACUAAAUGUCAAACUCUCACGGAUUUUUGAUAUACAAUCCACUUAUUAUUAUAAUAAUUGAAAGAUUUUUGUAAAUAAAUAUAAAUAUGGCUUUUACUCUCAGAAAAUUUAGUGGACUUAUUUUCCGAGUUGGUACCAGAUGCCGAAAUUUCGAACAAAUCAACAUCACAAGAGUGUCCACCCUCAAUUUUUCCAUAAAAGCUGAACCGACACAUACCGAUGGAGAUACCCCCAAAGUUCCUGCCCCUAAAGGAGAUGGGAAAGUAUUCACAUCUAUGUCAACGAUAGUCUCAGACAUUCCUGAUGGUGCUAAACUUUUGGUUGGAGGUUUUGGCCUCUGUGGCAUACCCGAAAACCUAAUCAAAGCAAUUUUAAAAAAGGGAUCUAAAGAUCUCAUUGUCGUUUCAAAUAAUGCUGGAAUAGAGGAUGCCGGUCUUGGUUUGUUGUUACAAGAGCACAGAAUUAAGAGAAUGAUUUCUUCUUAUGUCGGAGAAAAUGCUAACUUUGAACAGCAGUAUCUCAGUGGACAGCUAGAAGUCGAAUUAACUCCGCAGGGCACCUUGGCAGAAAGACUGAGAGCGGGAGGUGCAGGAAUCCCAGCAUUUUAUACGCCAACAGGAUUCGGUACUAUUAUACAAGAGGGCAAUGUUGUUGUGAAGUACGACGAUGCAGGCAACGCUGACAUAUCAGGUGAUCCGAGAAGCGUGCAACAGUUUAACGGCCGAGAUUACGUGAUGGAGACUGCGAUAACAGGCGAUUACGCUAUGAUCAAAGCGUGGAAAGCUGACAAAGCGGGAAAUUUGAUAUUUAGAAAAACAGCAAGAAAUUUCAAUCCGGUAAUGUGUAAAGCAGCGAAAAUAACGAUCGUCGAAGUAGAAGAAAUUGUGGAGAUAGGUCAACUGGAUCCUGAUCAAAUUCACGUGCCAGGGAUUUAUGUUGAUCGCAUUAUUCAGGGCCAGACAUACGAGAAGAGAAUCGAGCGAGUAACUACGAAUAAAAUGAUAAAAACAAAAAAAUCGACACCUGCCAGUAAGGCGAGAGAUAGAAUCAUCAAACGAGCAGCUCUUGAGUUCAAAAAUGGAAUGUAUGUGAAUCUUGGAAUUGGCAUGCCCAUGAUGACUAGCAAUUUCAUACCGAAAAGUAUAAAAGUGACACUACAGUCCGAGAACGGAAUAUUGGGUCUUGGACCAUAUCCCUCCGAAGAUCAAGUAGAUGCUGAUCUGAUCAAUGCUGGCAAGGAAUCGGUGACCGUUCUACCAGGGGCAUCGUACUUCGGCAGCGAAGAUAGUUUUGCAAUGAUUCGUGGCGGUCACAUCGACUUGACGAUUCUCGGAGGUAUGCAAGUUUCCCAAAAUGGUGAUCUGGCGAAUUGGAUGAUACCGGGUACAAUGGUCAAAGGAAUGGGAGGAGCAAUGGACCUUGUAUCAGCAGCAGAGACGAGGGUCGUUGUCACAAUGGAGCACAAAGCGCGUGACGGAAGUCCAAAAAUUUUGCCAAGUUGUACAUUACCGGUGACAGGUCAACAAUGCGUCGAUCUGAUAAUCACAGAUUUGGCAGUGUUCGAGGUUGAAAAAGGCGAAGGUUUGAAACUUAUUGAAAUUGCACCGAACGUCGAUAUAAGCGAAAUAGUAAGCUCGACCGGUUGCGAAUUUUCCGUUUCCGAUGACCUUAAGGUGAUGGGUCAAGUCUCAAUUGACGAUGAGAGUUGAAUUUUACCGAGGAUCGUUUUUUUAUUUCCAUGUACAUAACCACGUACGUGACUUGGAUCCUUGACCUAACUUCCUUAUGCUUUAGACAAGGAAAAACCUUCCGAUAUGACCUGAGAGACGAGAACAACGCCUGUAAAUAUCACCACUGUGAAGUUGAUAAUUCAUUUUCUAUUUUUUUUUUUUUUUUUUUUUUUUUUAUUAACUAUACAUGUACACUAUAUCUGGAUUACUCGUUAGUGCAUAGGUUUAUGCAGUUGAAUAUCAUUUAGUAUUAUACUCGAGGAUUGUGUUCGAAAGAGCAUUUAUGAUGAUUGUGGAUCAAGCUUGAGGUUGUUCUGAGAGGAAGAAAUACAUUUUAGCUUCGUUACUUA